CAAGCCUCGUUCACAAUCACCCAACAGUAGAAUCGAACGUCAAGCUGGCUGCUGUAUAACCUUUUAGAAGGAUUUUUCUGCAUUCAACGGGAGUAUUCGCGAAGUUUGAAGUCGAAAAAUCGGAUUCUGUUGAAGCUCGCCAUAAUGGUAGAUUACAGCAAGUGGAAGAAUAUUGAGAUCUCCGACGACGAAGAUGAUACCCACCCGAACAUCGAUACUCCGUCGUUGUUCCGCUGGCGUCAUCAGGCCCGCGUUGAACGGAUGGAGGAACAGAAACGGGAGAAGGAACAAAUGGACGCAAAGAAGCGGGCAGCUGAACAGAAAAUGAAGGAAAUUAAGCAGAAAUUGGAUAAGAAGGAUAGUAACCUGGAGGAGUUGAAGAAGAGUCUGGAAGAGCUGGAAAUGGAACAGGAGAGAGUACGGGAGGAGGAAGAAAUGUUGUUGAAGAAAGAACAGAUGCAACCGUGGAACGUGGAUACUAUCAGCAAGGAUGGAUUCAAGAAAACCCCUAUCAACAAAAGUGCAAUCAAUAAAAAGGUGGAGCUAACCGAAGAUCAGAAAGAGCUUAAUUUGAAGGAAUUCAUCAAGAAGUACGAGAAGGAGCUAAAGCAUUAUGGCAUGAUGCGGAACUACGAUGAUUCGAAAAAGUACUUGCGUGACAAUCACAAGCUGGUGUGCGAAGACGCUGCCAAUUAUCUGGUGAUCUGGUGUAUAGAGCUGGAAAAGCAGGAAAAACAAGAAAUGAUGGCACACGUUGCACAUCAAUGCAUUUGCAUGCAGUAUAUUCUGGAUAUUUCCAAGCAGCUGGAUGUGGAUCCGCGUGCCUGCGUCGAAUUGUUCUUCCAGCGCAUCCAGAUAGCCGAAACGGAAUACAAGAAUCAAUUUCUGGCCGUAAUCGAAGCAUUCAAGGAGCGCAUUCGGAAACGAGCCCAAGAGAGACUGCAGAAAGCCAUCGAGGAGCAGGAGGAAGAAGAGCGAAAGGCUCAACUGGGACCCGGAGGGCUGGACUCCGUGGAAGUGUUCGAGUCACUGUUAGAACUGCCAGAGGACGAAGCUCGUGUUCAUCUGCAACGCUGUAUAGAUUCCGGCCUUUGGGUACCUGACGCGAACAAGGCAGCCAAAACGGACGCGACAGCCGACAAAAACUCAAAUCCAAUUUAUGUAACUGUACCGAGCGAGGAGAAACAAGAUGAAGCGAACGAGAAGUAGAUAUAGUUUAAAUCAUAGGGUAAUUUCCACUGUAUAAAGCUAUUGAAACAGAGGAUCCAAAUGUUGCUCCAUUGUGAAAGCUUUUGAGGAAGGAAGGAAGGAAGGUAUUGAAUUAGAGAGACUUUAAACUCUGAGAGUUCAUUCGUCUCUGUUUUUGAGGAAAAACAUUUCUUUCAUUUAACGCUGUCUUCAACGGUAACGGUAUUGAAUUAAAGAGACUUUAAACUCAGAGAGUUCAUUCGUCUCUUGCUGUCUUCAAAUCAAAUCGUGAACAUUAUGUAUUGUGGGUGGGCCAUUUAUAGUGGAAGGAUUUGUUUUUGCAAUAGCAAAGUAAAGAAGUGGAAUUUUAAAUUUUGACGUAGGAUUACGUCUUUCGGGAACAUAUUGGGGUACAAAUUGAAAAACGAAUAUCGAUCGCAUCGUGAAGAAUGUCCAAUUUCAAACGCAUAUUGCUCAGUCAUUUCAUGUCGGAUUGAUGAGAUUUUUACAUCAAAACAUUGCGGCACUCUAUAACAAUUUUUCACCUUGAAUAAAAUAAUAUAUAUCAUGUAAUUAACUAUCGAACAAUUGAAAAAUCUCAACCCCUAUCCAAACGGUACUGAUUGGUCGAAAUUGACGUCAUUUCUUUUUCGCCUGCUUCGCUUCUUUCGUUCCCCGAUAAGCCAAAUAUUUGCAUGUCGAGCGAGUGGGGGGCGCCUAUUUCUCACAUACCAACUGAUAUAAAAGGACGGUAGCAUUUUUGGAUUUCUCAUUCUCGUUCAACGCUCAGAUCGGCAAACAUCUGGGCUUCUAGUGUGCAGUGCUCUACAAAUCAUCGGCAACCAACGAUGGAUGCGGUGCGACAAAGGGAGCAAAGAAGAGGAAGCAGCGGAGAGCAUCGAAUUAAAUCUAGUGUGCAUUGCUGGUGCGCUCCUCUUCACAUCAAUAAUUGGAUGCGACAAAGGAGGCAGAGGAGCGAAGUGCAUUGCAUCGCAUCGUAUCACACCCGCUAUCCGUCGUUUAGCUCGUCGUGGUUGUGCCAAUCAAACCCUCGCAAAUCGACGCACAGAAGCCGAUAGCGCCAAAGUCAAGGAAAGCAUCAGCGAAUCCGUAAAAGCUACCGCUCCCAAAACUAAACUGCUACAUCCGACUGAAACGCAGCAGAUUCCGUACAACCCAUUAAACCAUUCCAGUCCUUCUCAGGACUAUCAAUUUGUUUUGAAACAAAAGAGUUUAUUUUACUGUUUUCCACUUACCACAAAAACUAUAUAAAACCGAUCAAAAAUACUGUUUAUUUUUACAUUUUCUACUAACAACUAACAUGGAACGUAUCAUGUCAAAAACAUGCGUUUCAUCAACCACCUUUUAUUGGAUUUGGCAAAAGAAGCGAAGGACAUAUGCAUGCAUGUAUAUAACGGAACGCUCCAGUCAUACACAGCCCGUUAGGGACGAAUGACCUUUGAGUUAAAGUCCCUUCAAAAACAAGAACGAACGAUACACAGCCCGUAUCAGACAAAUGCAUGAAGGAAUUCUAUAAAAUAAAAAUAAUAUUUUUGUGGUGCCUUUGCGCCAACUACACGGGCGUGUAGCACCAUAGUAGCAAAAAAUGUCGAAGUUCGUGACAUCUGGUAGCAAUAUUUUUCUUCUUUUGAAUUAUAGAGACUUUAAACUUUACGUUCAUUCGUCUCUAGCCCGGCUCAUGUACUUACAAUUAUUGGUCAGUUAUUUCCUGAUGGAUUUACGAGAUAAUUGCAUCAAUUGAUCUGAGCACUCCAUAACAAUCCAUCACAAUUGAUAAAAUAAUAUAUCAUAUGAAACUAACUAGCAAACAAUCAAAAAAAUUUCAAACGGAAAUACCUCGUUCUGAUUGGUCGAAAUUGAAUAUACGGAGAAAUCGGCUCAUCAAAGUAGAGCGAACUUUUGCUCCCACCGAAGUGUAUUCCCUAACAGAGACAUCAAAACCAAGCUGCCUGGGGGAAAUCGGAAUACAUGAAAGCAGGGGGGCUUUUGUUUCCACCGACAUGUAUUCCAUAACAGAGAUUUCAAAUCCAAGGUGUCUGGGGGAAAUCAGCAUGUAAAUACCUUCGUGGUCGAUAGUUUAACUAACGACGCGCACAAAUGGAUAGUGCUUAUUGUAACUAGCGUGGGCAUCAGCAUUGCAUACUUGCUGGCGAAUUAGUAGGGAGCGAUGAAUGAGUGUUUUUUUUAUGUUCGUACCAAUAAGAAUCUUUCGAUGGAUUAAUUGAAGAAUGAUAUUUCAAUGAACUGAAUAGAACCUAUGUGUGAUAGAAUAUAAAUAAACUUUAAAUUUGGAA